CAAAAUACGGAAUCGACGAAGUCCACCUCCAGCUUUUCUUCUCACACGUCUUUGCAGUUUUCACUCUGUUUCUUUUUAAAAAAAUUCGUAUAAGUCAAUGUUAUCCUUAAGUUAACCAAAGGUUAAUGAUUCCCUUUUCAGCUUCCUUCCUAAGAGGUUACUUUCUUUGUAAUACUGGAUAUAAGUAGUGGAUAGCCACAUAUAUCACUCAACAAAAACUCAAAACUCAACAAGAAUUCUCCAAAGUUGGAAACUUUUUGUCCCAGAAAUUUAUGACCAGUCAUGUCUUACACAAAACCAAACCCAAUUCCUCUUACUGUUACACUUACUUUGUUCUUAUUAUCUGCAGUCUCCUUUUCUUUCGUUAAUGGGACUUCUCCGGUUGAUGGUGUUUCCAGUGAGCCAAUAUAUGGUGUGGUUUCAUCAGGAAGUAAAAGGCUUCUGGCGGAGAACAAUGGUACUGGAAACUCAUCUUUAGUACUGGCUGCUGAAAGAACCCAUAGACAAGAUCCACUUGAAGAUAGGAAAUACUAUACUGGUGGAUGGAACAUCAGUAACAAACAUUAUUGGGCUUCAGUUGCUUAUACUGGUGCUUCUCUUUUCCUCAUUGCUUUAUUCUGGUUUGUGGCGUGUGGCAUUUGCUUGCUUCUAGUUUGUAUCUGUUGUUGUUGCUGCCGGAGAGGACGUUAUGGUUACUCUCGAACUGCUUAUGCACUUUCUCUUAUAUUUCUCUCGGCGUUCACCAUUGCUGCAAUAAUUGGUUCUGCUUUUCUGUAUACCGGACAAGGGAGAUUUCAUGACGGUACAAAACAUACAUUGGAUUAUGUUGUACAACAAGCAGGAUCAACGGUUGGCAGUUUAAGGAAUGUGUCAAGCAUUCUGGCUGUUGCCAAGCACACUAGAGUUGGUCAAUUCUCUCUUCCUCAAAGUGUUCAAGACAACAUUGACAAGGUUGACACCAAGAUUAGCUCGGCUGCUGAAACUCUUGAAACGGAAACUGAGAAGAACAAGAAGGAUAUCAUGAUGAUCUUAGACGAUGUGAGGCUAAUUCUUGUCAUUGUUGCUGCUGUAAUGCUUGCUGUGGCCGCGCUUGGUUUCUUGUUCUCUGUACUUGGCCUGCAGUUUCUCGUAUACAUCCUAGUCAUCAUAGGCUGGAUCCUUGUUGCAGUCACAUUUAUCUUAUGUGGUGCAUUUCUUGUUCUUCACAAUGCAACGGGGGACACAUGCGUGGCCAUGGAUGAUUGGGUAAAAAACCCAUCAGCUCAUACAGCACUCGAUGAUAUAAUCCCUUGUGUGGACACUGCUACUGCCCAAGAAACAUUGUCUCAGAGCAAAGAGGUCACCUACCUAUUGGUUGGAGUGGCUAACAGGAUCAUCACCAAUGUUUCAAACAUCAAUCUGCCUUCAGGUGUUGGUUACAACCAAUCUGGUCCACUGGUCCCUAACCUCUGCAAUCCGUUUAAUUCGGACAAGACAGACCGGAAAUGUGCGAGUGGUGAAGUGGAACUUAGCAAUGCUACACAGGUUUGGAGGAAUUAUGUCUGCCAAGUUUCAGCAAGCAAUGUGUGCACCACUGUGGGCCGUCUGACCCCUUCUAUGUACGACCAAAUGACUGCUGUAGUUAACGUUAGCAACGGCCUGUAUCAUUCUGGACCUUUCCUUAGCGAACUACUUGACUGCACUUUCCUUCGAGAUACCUUGACUGUCAUUCACAAUGACCAUUGUCCUGAUUUGAAACAAUACAGUAAGUGGGUCUACGUUGGUUUAGCUCUAGUCUCAGCUGCAGUAAUGCUCUCACUCAUUUGUUGGGUACUAUACGCAAGAGAGAGGCGUCACCGGAAAUAUACCAAACUUGUUGAUGCUACAUCUGGUCAAGAAUCUUUGGAAGGGAAAAGGCUGGGGUGAUUUUUCAAAUAUUUUGGACCUCUUAGAGAGCAGCAAGACAUUUGUUUAUUUUCUGAUGUAUAUAGUAUGGCUAAUACCAGUUAUAUCUGCAGUAUAUUCCAUGCUUUUAAGUACGACAUGAGGAAGACGUGAACUUUAUAGUAUGUUUGUUUAUGACAAGUCGAUUAGGGACUUGUAGGGAUUGCUAGAAGUUGUUCAUACACGACGCUAGGAUUGAUGCAGAUUGUUGUGUGUAUACAGGACAUGGACAUCAAAUUUUGUGUUUAUAUAACGCCCCUCUCGUUUAUUGCAUUAA